ACAUCUACUAGUUGAAUCCAAGUUCCAACCACAAACCCGGAAGUGUCUGCAAACCGGAUGUCAGCGGCGGAGAGCGGAGGCCGGGGAGCGUGUCCGCUGCCUUAUGGUCGAGGUUGAGAAGAUGAACCGUGUGGUGUCUCCUGGCAAAUCCAGUUCACCGCGCAGACGCCUGGUGCUGGGAAUCCUCCUCCUGUUACUGGUGGACGUCAUCUGGGUGGCUUCUUCAGAGCUGACAUCUUACAUAUUUCAGGAGUUCCACAAGCCUUUUUUCAGCACCUUUGCUAAGACCUCGAUGUUCAUCUUGUAUUUGCUGGGAUUCGUGGUCUGGCGGCCGUGGAGACAACAGUGCAGCAAACGCCUGCGAGGGAGAAGCUCUCUACUGUUUGCAGAUGCUGAAGGCUAUUUCCCAGCAUGCACCGCAGAAGGCACCGUGAAUCACACCCUGAGUGAACCUCUCUAUGUUCCAGUCAAGUUCCAUGACCUGCAGAAUGAGAAGAUCCUGACGUCCAAUAAAAAUGAUAAAUCUGUAAAGAAGCCGCGUGUUCGCUUCAGUAACCUGAUGGAAGUGCGGCAGCUCCCAUCAAGUCAAGCUCUUGAAGCCAAAUUAUCCCGUAUGUCGCACCCGCCAGUCCGAGACAGUGAGCCAGGGCUACGAACGAGCGGGAAGUUCUCCGUCUGCGAAGUAGCCAAGAUCAGCUUCUUCUUCUGUUUUGUGUGGUUCUUGGCCAAUUAUUCCUAUCAGGAGGCCCUAUCGGAUACGCAGGUCGCCAUUGUGAACAUCAUCUCCUCCACAUCAGGUCUGUUCACACUGAUCCUGGCGUCCAUCUUUCCCAGUAACAGCGGCGACCGCUUCACUCUCUCCAAGUUUCUGGCUGUUGUUUUAAGUAUUGGUGGUGUGGUGCUCGUCAGCUUAUCAGGACCUGAAGACUCCAGAGAUCAAGACACGAUCGGGUCCCUGUGGUCGUUGCUCGGCGCCGUCCUGUACGCGGUCUACGUUGUCAUGAUUAAGAGGAAGGUGGAGCGGGAGGAGAAGCUUGACAUCCCCAUGUUUUUUGGCUUCGUGGGCCUCUUUAACCUUCUCCUCCUGUGGCCCGGAUUCUUUGUCCUGCAUUACACAAAGUUUGAAGCUUUUGAGUUUCCCAGUAAAGUGGUUUGGAUGUACUUGGUGGUGAACGGCCUGGUGGGCACCGUGCUGUCGGAGUUCCUCUGGCUGUGGGGCUGCUUCCUGACCUCAUCUCUGGUUGGCACCCUGGCCCUCAGCCUCACCAUCCCGCUCUCCAUUAUUGCAGACAUCUGCAUGCAGAAGGUGAGCUUUUCGUGGGUGUUCUUUGCUGGCGCGCUCCCGGUUUUUAUCUCGUUCGUCACCGUGACUCUCUUGUGUCAUUACAAUAAUUGGGACCCGGUCAUGGUGGCGCUGCGCAGGAUCUUUUCCUUCGUGUGCAGGAAGCAUCGGAUUGUGAGGACUUCAGAGGACAGUGAGCAGAGCGAGAGUCUCAUCCCGCUGCACAGCGUCUGCCCGGAUGACAGCUCCACCAGCUGCUCCUAGCCACAGGGAAUGGAAGUGUCUGGCGUUUGUGAGGUCCUGCAGGUGCUGCUCUUCUGAAACUGCCUUCUCCUGUAGCUCCUGCCUGAGCGUCCACAGCUGCUAUGGUGGUUUCCUCUAGUUACCUCUAGACAUGUGGUUGCUGAAGGUCCUUUUGGAGAGUCUAUAUGAAGCCGUGUUUGCACCUCUUUUGUAAAGAAUUUAGUUUUGUUUAGUUUUUGACUUGAUUUCGGGAAGUGAAAGUUAAAAUCUAAUAAAGAGGGGUGUGAGAAUGGGACGUAAUGGAGCAGAUGUCAUGCCGUUAGGAAGGGUGCAUUUAGAUGUCACACUACUUGGUGUAUUCGUUAGAUAUUGGCCUACUACUGCUGAAUGUUUGGUGCUAUGGGGCACCAAAUGCCCUCCUCGAGUGUAUCCCCUAUGUCCUCAUCAUGAUGUCCCUAUACUUCAAUAUCCACAUGGCACAAAUGUAAGUGGAACUUGGUCAGAUGUGGCUCCUGGCGUCUAUGGUGUGACCCUUGGGUCUUUUUUGAUCGUGUUAUUGAAGAAGGUUGUCUGCACUUGUGCUGCUGCGGUGUGUCGAGAUUGGUGCUGCAUUUUCUAUUGGGUGGAGCCAUGUACACAUCGGUCAUUUGACUUUCCAUUAAACUGCAGUCCCAUGUAAGUCUGUGUGUGGGCGUGUCCUGUCAGGUGUAAUGAAGAGAAAGGGGGGGGGGGGGAUAUGACACUGUAAUGAGAAAAAGGCCGGCGUAAAACGAUGAGGUGGACAGCGGCCGGCAGAUGGACGAGAGGUGUGGACAAGGGCCGGCAGAUGGACAUGUUGUG